AGAAGCCGUCCCGCUCUCUCUCAUACACACUCACACGGAGUCACUUCUCGAGUGUCGCGCUCUUUUGUCACUUAUUAAAGUGAUCUCCGGUUGUCUUCAUUUUGACAGUCUGGUGGGAACAGCUCCAGUAGUGGUGUGUUGUGCCUCCUCGCUCGCUUGGUGGUCGCCAGGCGCCGAGUCGACGCCCGGCCGCGGGAUUUAAAAGUCGAAACCGAAGCCCGUCGGGUGACAGGGUGGAUAACAGUGACGAGGCGUCGGGAGCCACUUCUCAUUUAUGGGAUCACAGGUGUCGUCUUCCGCUAUGAGUGUCCGAAUGGGGAAGGUGAGCGACGAGCUCUUGCUUUCUCAGCCCCUGUGGGAGUACCUAAUGGCAGAGCCACGCCGCAUGGCGGAGUUCCAGAAGAAGCACGGGGUGUGUGCCGAACGCCUCCAAGACACUCAGGGCAGGUGCACCAUCCGAUUGCAGCUGGCCGAGGGCACCGGCGCCGUCACGACCGCAAUGCGUAAAGCCUUCAUGUCUCUGUGCCGGGCAGCACACAAAGACAUGACCAAGGAGACGGAACCGGGCAGGAAGCGCUCCCUGCGGCAGGCGCUGCAGUGUGUGGCGGGCAACGUGGCAGAUGAGCCGUGCUCGCGCAAGUCACAGAGGCAGAGGCUCCAGUCUGCGAACAUGGAGGCGCCAGAGGCCGGGAAGCAGGGCGACCCAGGGGUGGCAGUCGAGGCCGACUUCAGAGCCACAGGCAGCCCGGCUAACUACGAGGCGGACGGCGAGGACCCGAGCUGCUCCAUCUGCAUGGGAGAGAUGGUGGAGAGGGAGACGCUAGACAAGUGUGGCCAUUCCUUCUGCAAGGAGUGCCUGAAGCAAGCCUUCCAGGUCAAGCGGGCCUGUCCGGUGUGCCGGCUGGUCUAUGGGAAGCUGAUUGGCAAUCAGCCCGUCAAUGGGACAAUGAUGGUGGAGAGGUACCCCGAUCUGGAGCUGCCGGGAUACGAGGGACACGGCUGCAUCUGCAUUGUUUACAGCUUUCCACCUGGAAUUCAGGGGCCAGAGCAUGUCAACCCUGGGGUCUGCUAUCCUGGCACAAACCGAGUGGCAUACCUGCCGGACAACCGAGAAGGAAACCGCAUCCUGCACAUGCUGAGGAAGGCCUUUGACCAGCGGCUCAUCUUCACAAUUGGCACCUCCAUGACUACGGGCUUGAGCAACGUCAUCACUUGGAACGACAUCCACCACAAGACCAGCAUCUGGGGAGGACCGCGCCGCUUUGGAUACCCCGACCCGACUUACCUCGUCCGAGUGUCUCAAGAGCUACAGGAGAAGGGCAUCACUCCAGACUGACGCUGCCCUCUAGUGGCCACGGACGGACAGACUGGCUAACUGAUGGACCUGUUUGCAUCGGUCCACACCUCUUGAGGAGGCAGAGGGUGGCGGUGCCUGGUGGCACCACCGGCGGGGACUGUGGGGUGUGUUAAUUCAGUGCCUUACUAUGACAGGAGGAGUGUAUGGUGCAUCUGGAUGCCAGCUUGACCCACACCUGUCUCAGUCUGUCGCAUUGUCCCUUCUGCCCUGUCAUGCCCAUCAUCUGGAUAAGUUUACUGCGGCCUAGUGGCGCCCCCGGCUGGAGAAGACAGGUGUUGCACUUUGCCCAGCUGCCCGCCCUUUGAUGCCUCGAGAUUCUAUGCAGUUAAUUGCCCGUUGCACUCGACCUUCGUGAAGGUGAACUGGUUGUGUUUUUUCUCUUUUUCACGGUUUGUUGGCAGCAGGGAGUGAAGUGCAAUUGCCAGCGUGUGUUGUGUGUUUGUUUGGCGCGUUGCAUCCAAGUGUUCAAUAAAAGUUGCUCUUUUUGUGUA